UCGCACAAGGCACCGUUUAAAAGGGUUUCACAACACAAGCGCACCAACUUCACGUAACCGUACCACGGAGGACGAGCACGUGCUCCAUGUAAACGCUGCGGAGGUUGAUUUUACGCACGGGAGGGAGUCACAAAAAAAAUGGCCCUGUUCAGUCAUUUUACGGGAACUUGCUGGAAAUAUUUGCACGGGGACCAUCUGAAUAAGAUGGUGGUCACAUUGCGGGCAUUGCACAAGUCGGCACCCAGCGAGGCUUUUGGGAUCCCCGCGUCAACAGACGAGGACAGCGUCUCCCCGGGUCUCAUCACAGCGGCGCAAAUCGGAGACAAGAACAUCAAAGUUAAGAGUUUGAAAGAGAUGCCCGGACCCAGCACGACGUCCAACCUCGUCGAAUUUUUCUGGAGGGACGGUUUUAGUAGAAUUCAUCAAAUCCAGAUGGAGCACAGCAAGAAAUACGGGAACAUUUUUAAAUCCCGUUUUGGGCCUCAACUGGUGGUCUCCAUCGCCGGUCGUGAUCUGGUGGCUGAGGUGCUGAGGGCUGAAGGUGUGGCCCCUCAGAGAGCCAACAUGGAGUCCUGGAAAGAGUACAGAGACAUGAGGGGACGUUCCACAGGUCUCAUCUCCGCGGAGGGAGAGCAUUGGCUGCAAAUGCGAAGUGUCCUUAGGCAGCUCAUCAUGCGCCCCCGGGAUGUGGCGGUCUUCUCCGAAGAUAUUAACAACGUGGUAGAUGACCUGAUCAAGAGAGUUUGCAUUGUGCGUAGUCAGACUGCGGAUGGAGUAACUGUGCCCAACGUGAAUGACCUCUUCUUCAAAUACGCCAUGGAAGGCAUCGCGGCCAUUUUGUACGAGUGUCGUUUAGGCUGUCUGGAAAAUGAGAUCCCCAAAGAAACUCAAGAUUACAUCAACGCACUGCACCUCAUGUUCAGUUCCUUCAAGACUACCAUGUAUGCCGGAGCCAUCCCUAAGUGGCUUCGGCCCAUCAUCCCAAAACCUUGGGAGGAGUUCUGCUUCUCUUGGGACGGCCUCUUCAAAUUCAGCGUUAUUCACAUUGAUAAGAGGCUCAGUGAGAUCAAGGCCCAGCUUGAGCGGGGAGAGGAGGUGAAGGGAGGACUGCUCACACACAUGCUCGUCACCAAGGAGAUGAGCAUGGAGGAAAUCUACGCCAAUGCGACCGAGAUGUUACUCGCAGGGGUUGACACGACAUCCUUCACCCUAUCAUGGGCUAGCUACCUAUUAGCACGGCACCCCCGAAUCCAAGAACAAAUCCACAUGGAGGUGGAGAGGACUUUAGGACCUCGAACUGUCCCCGUAGCCGAAGACGUAACUCGCUUACCUCUAAUCAGAGGCCUGGUGAAAGAAACCCUCAGGCUUUUUCCAGUUCUCCCAGGCAAUGGACGGAUUACCCAGGAUGACUUGAUAGUGGGCGGAUACUACAUCCCCAAAGGGACUCAGUUGGCUCUUUGUCACUACUCCACUUCCUUGGACGAGGAGAACUUUGCCGAUGCUUUAGACUUCCGUCCGGAUCGUUGGAUAAGAAAAGAUUCCUCGGAUCGUGUCGACAACUUUGGCUCCAUUCCGUUCGGCUACGGCAUCAGGAGCUGCAUCGGCAGGAGAAUAGCCGAAUUAGAAAUGCAUCUGGUUCUGACGCGGCUCAUCCAAAGGUUUCACAUUUGCACGUCUUCUGUCACCGAUGAAGUGCAGGCCAAAACUCACGGCCUUCUCUGCCCUGCAAGCCCGAUCCACCUGCAGUUUAUUGACAGAGAAAACUAGGUGAAAGUUUCUGUCUGUAACAUCUACUGUAUUGUACAUUUUUCAUCUAUAUUUUUUAAAUUCUCACAAGACUGCUUUGUGCACAUCGUCCAGUGUUUCUACUGAGGUUUUACUCGGGCAGCAAAGGAAGGACACGAAUCUUACUGGACCAAUGAUAUAAAGUAAAAUACUGUAGCUCAUUUUAUGUUUUGCCUGUUUUAGAUCAAACCACUGUAUUUUAUUGCUAGAGAUGGGACUCCUGUGAUUCAUUCUGUUAUUUGCUAUAAAAAAUAAUGAGUGCAAUGCAAACUGUAACCUACAUAAUCACACUGAUGCAGGCACAAUUUAACAUGCACCGUUUUUUUUUUUCCCCUGGGUUGGACACUGAAUGUUGAUGGUAAACAGCGAAUGUAUUGAGAAUCAGCAAUGUCCAUAACAAUUUUUUUUUUUUUGCUGACUGUUAUAUGUGUACUAAACGACUUAUUCCAACCAAGUAAUGUACCUAUGUAUUUUAAUUCUUUUUUCAAGUGUAAGCAGUGUGCUAGAAUGUUUGUGUGCGUGUGAAGAAGAAACAGAUAUCUAAUUGAUCAAUCCGAUAUUUGUAAAAGAGUCACGACUGUGAAACAAAUAAAAUGUAGGUUUGUAUUUUUGUAUGCGCUGUGAAAGGACAAAACUGUUUGGUGUUUUUUUUAUGGAUGCAUAAUUUUAGCUAUUUUAGAGGUAAUGCAUGUAACAAAGAAAGGGAUUAGAAUUCCCACUUUUUUUUCAUGGAAGAAAAUAGAACAGAUUUAUACAGUUGUAACGAUCUGAUUAAUUGUACUUCAAUUCUA